UAUCGUCUUCAACAGUCCAUCGUCAUCGCUCCCGAACAGAAAAUACAGCCCAAAAGAUCGGUAGCCUUUGAAAAAAACAAACUACGAGUAGAAAGCAGCAGGAACUGUUCACAUUCCAAAAAAUCGCUUCAAUUACUCGCCAGUCAAAUGCCAUCUUUGCUAUAUCUGUCGUCGAUUUAAAGCUUCCCUUCGUCUCCUCAUCGCCUUCGAUUCUUUCCUUUGGAACCGAUUGAUCGAGAUAUCUCUGAUUUGGAGUGGUUGCCUAUAUCACGCAAUCUCAAAUGGGCCUUCGAUAGUUCCUGCUGGGGAGUGAGCGAAAUCGGGAAUGGGUACAGUUUUUGAAUUCUUCGGGGACAUUGAUCUUUCGAGUAAUGCUCGGUUUUGAUGAUCGGGUGGUGGGCUUUUAGUGUUUAAAGAGCAUUUUUUUAAAAAAAAAAAAUUUCGGGCAGAAGGGUGGGUAGUUAGUUUUCAAGGGAGGAAGAUGUCUACUGCUGGUGGUGUUUUGAGGCCAGCUCGUGAAGACGCUGUCCUUUCCCGGGGCUGCUCACGUGGUGGAGCGCCGUCACAUUGCUCUCGAGAAUCGAUCCUGAUUUUCCUCACGGGCGCAGGGACCAUACUUCCGAUGCGGGUCAUGGAGUCUGAUUCGAUUGCUUCUGUGAAGCUUAGAAUCCAGACCUAUAAAGGGUUUGUGGUGAAAAAGCCGAAGCUUGUCUAUGGAGGCCGGGAACUGGCUCGGAACAACUGUCUUGUCAGGGACUAUGGAGUUACUGAUGGGAAUGUUCUGCAUUUGGUCCUAAGACUCUCUGAUCUUCGGUUCAUCACUGUUAGGACGGCCUGUGGGAAGGAAUUUGAGUUCCAGGUUGAGAAGAGCAGAAACGUGGGGCACGUCAAACGGAAGAUUGCUGAAAGGUGGAACAGUUUUGUCGACAUUAAUGAUCAGGAACUGAUCUGUAAUGGAGAGAAGCUCCAAGAUCAGAGGCUGAUUGAUGAUAUCUGUAAAAAGAACGAUGCAGUGAUCCAUUUGGUGGUUCAGAAAUCAGCAAAAGUCCGGGCUAAACCGUUUGAGAAAGAUUUUGAAUUGUCAAUUGUUGCAUCAAAUUCAUAUGAGCAGAGCGUUAAAGAGGAAGAGGAGGUGAAAAAAUGCAGUGGGGAAUUGGAGAAACCUCAGCUCACAGAUAGAGAGCCACCUGAUAGAGGUUUGUGGUUGGAACCAGUUAUUGUUAAUCAGAAAAUAGAAUUGCAGGGUGUGGUUAAAGAUCUCAUUAAUGCUACUUAUGCUGGAUUGGAGAACGGGAAUCCUCCAAUCAGAUCUUCGGAGGGCUGUGGUGGAGCUUAUUUCAUGCAAGACUUUUCAGGCAACAAGUACGUUGCCGUUUUUAAACCAAUUGAUGAAGAGCCCAUGGCUGUGAAUAAUCCUCGUGGGCUGCCGUUGACAUCAGAUGGUGAGGGGUUGAAGAGGGGUACAAGGGUGGGAGAAGGUGCGCUGAGGGAAGUCGCAGCUUACAUUCUGGAUCAUCCGAAAAGUGGGCGGCGGUCGUUUACGAGUGAUGAGGUUGGUUUUGCAGGUGUCCCUCCGACAGUUAUGAUCAGAUGCUUGCAUGAAGGGUUUAAUCAUCCUCACGGUUUCGAGUGUGUGGCAAAGAAUGCCAAGAUUGGGUCCUUGCAGAAGUUUGUGAAGAAUCAUGGGAGCUGUGAAGAUAUGGGCCCUCGGGCUUUUCCAGUGGAGGAGGUUCAUAAGAUCUCUGUAUUGGAUAUAAGGUUGGCGAAUGCAGAUCGGCAUGCUGGGAAUAUUUUGGUUUGUAAAGAGGUGGAUGGGGAUCCGAUCACGCUGGUUCCGAUUGAUCAUGGAUACUGCUUGCCUGAGAACUUUGAAGAUUGCACCUUUGACUGGCUAUACUGGCCCCAAGCCCGCCAGCCUUACAGCCCUGAAACCAUGGACUACAUAAAAUCCCUGGAUGCCGAGCAAGACAUCGCCCUCCUGAAGUUCCACGGCUGGGAAUUAUCGCUUGAGUGCUCCCGCACACUUCGCAUCUCCACCAUGCUUCUAAAGAAGGGUGCGGAGAGAGGGCUCACUCCUUUUGCCAUCGGGAGCAUCAUGUGCAGGGAAACUCUCAAGAAGGAAUCCAUCAUCGAGGAGAUCGUCCAUGAAGCUCAGGGAGCUGUUCUUCCAGGCACAAGCGAAACUGCAUUCCUUGAAUCUGUUUCUCAGAUCAUGGAUCGUCACCUUGACGAACUUACAGCACAUAGGUAAAGCUGGUUCAUGCUAUAUGCAUAUGCAGGUACAUACAUAUGUAUUGGGGUACAUGUGUAUGGAUCCUGGCCGUGCUUGCGCACUGAUGGAUGGACGCAAGUGCUCCCUCCUCUAUUAUGUUCAUACAUGAAUCCUGACAACCAACACCCCAAGUGAGAGAGGAUGUUGAUCUUGGGUCUGAAAUUCCUACAUUUCCCUCCCACUUUUUUCCAUUUCUCAAAUGUCUUGAGAAGUGAACAAAAACUAUGUAUCUUCUUCCUUCAUCUUUAUAUGUAUAAACCCCUGUAUGUUGAUUGAAUGCAACUGGAAUGCAACUGGUAUAUAUCUAAAUAAUAAGGUAUAUGUCCAUCAUUUUUAUGCUGAA